AUGAGCCCGACUCGCGUGGACCUGCUGGACGAGAUCUCCGCGGUCGACGCGCACUUUAGGCUCAAGUGCAUCCCAGCCGCGCUUGGAGAAGCCGUAUCGAAUCAUGGGAAAGCCAAGACGACACCCAACUUCGUCUUGGUCGAAGAUAGGCAAGGAUGUGCAGGGGCCGGCCGCGUCAUGCUCCAACAUAUCGUGGACCAACUGGCACUGUCUGCUCGGACCAAGCAUUUUGUGCACGUGCAUUUGGAAACGGACAACGGCGCCCCAGUCGACGGCACGACGUCCUCCCACCACCACAUCCACUACGCGGGGGACAUUGGUGGCUGGUUUGCCGUGGACAAGACGGCUUCUUUGCUCGAGCGCAUUCGUCGCGACGUUGAGGCGCAAGUGCAUGCAGCAUCGUCUCUAUCAAGCGUCCUGGCUGUCGUCGUGGUUAUCGAUUCGUUGUCGGCAUUGCUCCAGCAGUUUACAAUGAAAGCCGUGUCGUCGCUGUUGACUCAGUUGCACCAAUCUCGUCAUGUGAUCGCAGUCGCGUCUCGGGUAAAUGCCUCGUUGCACAAGCCGGCCGUGGCGCUCUGUCUCCGUAGCUUGGCCAAGACGAUCGUGAGCGUCGACAUGGCUGCAUCCCUUGCGUCGUACCCGCUCUUCUCGAUCGAAAGCAAACGCCGCGUGCCGGUCGGAAUGCAUGGCCUGGUCAUUUUGAUUCGAAAGCUCGCGAACGGGCAAACGACCGACGUCACCGAGUACUUUGAGUUCUUCCCACGAGAUGACGAGAUGCCGUCGGGCACAACACGGUCGUUGGUCAUGCACACGCAGCAAGUUGCAGAGCAACGCGCGAAAGCGGCCACUCAAACCCAAGCAACCGACACACCGCUAGGAACUCUCCUGUCGGACUUGACGUUCAAUUUGAACGUCACUCGCCGCGACGACGAUUCGCGGAGACAAGUCGUGCUGCCGUACCAACAUCAAGGCAACCCACCGCCCCACCGCGGCGACAUGCCGCUCUUCUACAUUGAUCAGGACGACCCCGACUGGGAUGACGACGACCUAGACGACGACUUGGACAUCUAACGACCUAGCAAUACACAACGAACUGAAUUCGCCCGAGUGGGUUGCAGCACGGCGUAUUCCCCAAAGUCGCUCAGGUGCUCGUCGUGCAAGAAAAGUGUUGAUGGCAGGACGUCGUCGUACUGCGCCAUCUCGACAGACAAGUGCCAUCACAAGCCACAGCUGUGUUGUAGUUCGUGCUGGGCAGUCGGUGGUCGUUCGUUGCACAACAACGUUUGUGGCCAUGCAUAUUGCUCAACUGCAGCGUCGUUUUAGCGCACACAUGCGCAUGGAUCACCCGCACUUAAGCUUGUCGCCGCGUUGGGCGUCCACAGACGCAUGGAUGGCUCUGCGCGCUUAUGGCUAGCCGCACUGUCAUACUUGUC